UGUUGUGCACGCCUUUCGGCUUUCAAGGGAAGCAAGCGGUCGAAAUAGAAAAUAACUUAUUCUCUUGACUAUUUCGCUCAACAAGUACCCUUACACGUAGAUCUUUGCCUACAUUUCGGGUCCAAAUCACAAUGGUCUCUCAAAAUCUUACAAUCGUCAUCAAAUUAGGCACAAGUUCCAUAGUAGACGAAAACACUCAUGAGCCAAUUCUCUCAAUCCUUACCUUGAUAGUUGAAACCGCAGCCCAACUUCGCCGCAAUGGUCACAAUGUCGUCCUUGUUUCUUCCGGCGCUGUAGGAGUGGGACUGCAGAGGAUGGAGGUGGAAGAGAGACCCAACAAUUUGCCUCGCAUUCAGGCGCUAGCGGCUGUUGGACAGUGCAGACUAAUGAGCCUAUGGGAUGGUUUGUUUUCGCACCUUCGCCUACCGGUAGCCCAAGUUCUCUUAACAAGGAACGACAUAGCAGAUAGAACACAAUAUGUCAACGCCCAAAAUACCUUUUCGCAGCUUUUUGAAAUGGGUGUGAUCCCCAUUGUUAACGAAAAUGAUACGAUAGCCGUUUCUGAAAUCAAAUUUGGCGAUAACGAUACACUGUCGGCCAUAACAGCCGCCAUGGUCAAGGCCGACUAUCUCUUCCUGAUGACGGACGUUGACUGUCUCUAUACCGCCAACCCACGCAACAGCCCUGAUGCAAAACCCAUCGAAGUGGUUUCGGAUAUAUCCUUACUGGAAGCCGAUGUAUCUUCGGCAGGCUCAUCCCUGGGGACUGGGGGUAUGAGCACCAAAAUUGUCGCUGCGAAAUUAGGAACUAGCGCUGGAGUAACAACAAUUAUAACGAAAAGCUCGAAACCGGGGAACGUUCAUGAGAUUGUAAAAUAUCUCCAGCGAGUUAAUCAAGGAAUACAAACGCUUACAACGACUGGUGAAACCAUCUCUGAAGUGCCCCCUCUUCAUACGCGCUUCCUUCCUUCUGAUCAUCCAGUCCAAUCGCGAACGUUCUGGUUACUUCACGGUCUGAAGCCACAUGGAACCAUAUAUAUUGACCAUGGCGCCUACAGUGCUCUGCAGAAGAAAGCCAGUCUUCUUCCGGCUGGUGUUGUGGGUGUGGAUGGUCAUUUUGCGCAACAGGAGGCCGUACGCCUGGUCGUAGUGCAGAGGCUCUCCCCGGAUUCAUUAAAUGGCGACUUCCUUCAUCACGGCCAGGAGCCGAAAGAGGUUGGACGUGCACUAGUCAAUUACGGCAGCCUCGAAAUUGAACGCAUCAAGGGGCACAGAAGCACCCAAAUCCAGACCUUACUAGGGUAUGCAGAUAGUGAAUAUGUCGCUCUCCGAGAAAACAUCUCUUUUUUCCAGCAGGACGAUCCUUCGCGGUAGUAGCCAACUAUUAGUUUACUAAAAGGAGUUACUACUCUGCAGAGCUUCCGA